AUGACACCUCGGGCAAGUUGCGACAGAAGACCAGAAGGAGCUCACAAUGAAUCUAUCGCUAUUCACCACACUCGUCGGAGCAUCAAUCUGCCGCGUUUGACCGCCUGCGCGGGUAUCGCGGUGGCCCGUGCAGUCAAAAAAAAGUCUCCAUCCGCGGUCUACUUUAACAUUGACCAGCUCACUGCUUUUUUCUGCUGA